AUGACGGUAUGCGCAGACACACUGUGCAAGAGGUACGUGCCCAUUGGGGCUUCAAGGGAACAAAAUACAAUUUAUGAACAGAUCUGCCAUGAUGGCUGCGGUAUUUCAGGAGGUCCGUUAGAGGUUACGAACAACGAACAAUUUCGUGGUUGUGCUGCUAAGGACAAUAAUGGAACUUGCAAGCAUUGUCGACACGAUUACAGAGUUCACAUGCAUAUGACCUACACUGUUUCUGUUGUAGAGAAGGAAUUCUUGUGA